AUGAAAUCACAACAAAAGAAGAAACAAAAACAACAAUAAAAAUAUACAAAUUUAAAAUAUUUUUUAAAAUACUUUGAGCCAACCGAUAAAGCCUUGCAUAUUGAUCUUAACUCAAAUAGUAUUGGAAACGAAGAUCUAUCUAGUUUAGGAAAGGUUUUAUCAACAUACAAAGAUCUCUAAACUUUAGUUUUAUGGUUAAGACAUAACUGCAUCAAAUAAGAAGGUCUUUCAAACUUUACUUAAAGUUUAACUAAAUGUAGAGAAAUUAAAUAAUUUACACUUUUGUACAGUCGUAAUAUAUUCGAAUUACAAACUGUAUAGCUUUUAAGUUAAUUAAUCGCAAAUUUAGUUAACCUCUAAACUUUAAAUCUUGAUUUAGCAUAAUUUUAAUCUCCUAACAAUUAUCAAUUUAAUGAAAACGAUGCAACCUUUUUAAGUUCUGCCUUAGAAAAGUUAACUAAUCUCUAAAGCCUAAAACUAUAAUUAAAUUCAUGUAAACUAAGCAACGAAAAGACGAGAAUUUUAGCAUCUGCAUUGAAAAAUUUGAGAAAUCUAAAAUAACUUAAUCUUGAUCUUGAAUUUAAUUAAAUUGGAAAUGAAGGUUUAUCCUCUUUAGCUUAAUCUUUUAAUUUUGAAAAUCUAUCAACUUUGAAACUCUAUUUAAGGGAUAACAAAUUCGGACUAGUAGGUUUGCAAAAUCUAUGCUAUGGCUUAUAAUAAUGCUAAAACUUAACAUUUCUCAUUCUUGAUUUAAGAAAUAUUCUACCAUAUAAUCACUUUGAAGAUGAAUAAGCUAUAUCUUUAAGUUCUGCUUUAAUUUAAUGCUUAAAUCUGAUAAAUUUCGAGCUAUUUAUGAAGUUAUCAAAUAAUAAAAGAAGUCUAAGAGCUGUAAAAACAAAUAUAAAUAAAAUAAAGUUUUUAACAUUGAAAAAAUUACAUUUUUAGAAUUAUUGA